AUGGCAUCUGUCGAGGGGACGCAGCCGCAGCAGCCGCAGAAUAAGCGGAAAGCGGUUUCUGCAGGCCUUCAAAACAUAUCUCGUCCGGUGAAAAGACGAGCAUCGAAGGCCUGUUGCUGUUGCAGGGCGCGAAAGGUCCGAUGUGAUGUGGUGGAAAAUGGUUCUCCGUGUACGAAUUGCAGAUUGGAUGAGGUGCAAUGCGUGGUCACGGAGAGCAAACGUAGAAAAAGAUCCCGAGCUGAAGGGGAGGUUUCAAACCACUCGUCAACACAAUCUUCAGACGGACUGGACGAUUCCCAGUUUCCAUUUUCCCGCAAAGGCGACCCUAUCAGCUCAGUGAUUCCUGAUCCUCUAGCUCCAUUGUCGCCAUCCCAAGUAUCAGUGGAUUUAGAUCAUGGACACCAUGUUCCUCACCUUCUCUAUCAGACUCAAGGCAAUCGGAUCAAUCACGAAGAUCGUCGACGCAGAAUGUCAAAUAUUUCGACGUUUCCAACGCCUCACUCCCUGUGCAAGAUGACUACGGCAGUGCAACAGUUGAUUAACGCGGAUUUUGGAGCUCGUCAUUCUCCUCAACCUACGCCAACUACCCAGCGGCCGAAAGGCUGGUUGCCCAAUUUUAUCCGCCCUUUGCCAGCCAAGUUCCAGUCAGACGAUAUUGCGUACCUAGAAGCCAAAGGAGCGCUGACAAUUCCGCCUCAGGGGCUCCGUAAUGAGCUUAUGAAAAGUUACCUGCAGUUUGUUCAUCCGUAUAUGCCUCUGCUAGAAUUGGACGAUUUCCUACGGACUAUGGCAUGCGAUGAUGGAUCUCGUCGAAUGAGUCUCCUUCUUUUUCAGGCUACUAUGUUUGCGGGAACUGCGUUCAUUUCUAUGAAGCAUCUUAUGGCUAUAGGAUAUGAAUCGAGAAAGGACGCACGGAAAGCGUUCUUUCAAAGAGCUAGAGUUCUCUAUGAUUUCGAUUACGAAGUUGAUCGAAUAUCCUUGGUCCAAUCUCUUUUGUUGAUGACUCACUGGUAUGAGAUGCCUGAUGAUCAAAAAGAUACUUGGCAUUGGAUGGGUGUGAGUUUAUCACUUGCACAUACCAUUGGUCUCCACCGGGACCCAUCUACCUCAUCUAUGGACCCGCAACGACAAAAACUCUGGAAACGAGUUUGGUGGAGUACCUACACUCGUGACAGGCUUAUUGCCCUUGGAAUGAGGCGACCCACGCGAAUUAGGGAUGAAGAUUGCGAUGUCCCUAUGCUCACAUUGGAGGAUUUUGAUAUCAAGCCACUGUCCCCCGAGGCGCUCCAAAUUGUGGGUGAUUGCGAGUUGGCACAUAAUACAGAUCAACAAAGACAACUCGCAACAAUGUUUGUUGAAAAAUCCAAACUAUGUUUUUGCAUCAGCCAUGUUCUCAGUGCACAAUAUUCAGUUCUUGGACACAAGUUUGGAGGUACAACAGAAACUACCAUGAUGUUGGUGCCGAAAAAGGCCUCGACAGCGAAGUGCGAAGUCCAGAAAUGCGACCAGGAGCUGGAAACUUGGCUGGCUGAUCUCCAGGAGACAGCCAAGUAUCAACCUCCGUCAUCAUCCAGUUUUUCCAAAGGGGAAGAAGUCCUUCAUGUCCAUCGAGCAUUAUUGAAGAUGAUAUACCUCACUACAUCCAGUGCAUUGCACCGUCCGCAGGUGCUUCCUGCUUCCUCAUUCCCCACGGUUGAAUUUCGGCUCCAGGAUUUGUCGCGCUCGAAAGUUCGCCAUGCCGCCGUUGAAAUUACAAAUAUUGCUCGGAAUUUGCAUACAAUGGACCUAACGCGCUACCUUCCGACAACUGGAGUAACCGCUCUUCUGCCAGCCGUUAUAAUUCACCUCCUUGACAUUAAAUCCAGUGACUUGAAUAUUCGAACCGCCAGUUUGCACCGCUUUUAUCAGUGUAUGCAGAUCUUGCAAAGACUGAGAGAAAUUUAUGCCUCUGCGGACUUUGCAACGUCUUUCCUCGAAGCCGCCGUUCGCAAAGCUGGAAUUCAGAUAUCUCCGCAGAUCCCUCAAGAACGACCAGUACCACCAAGCACACUUCAUUUCUCAGCUAGACGUCCCAACACUCUGACACCCCCCCCAGAGAGCUUGUCCGAUAAACUUCCUGAUCUGACAUAUUCUCCAAUUGCCCCUGGUGUCCCGUUUAACCAGACAGAGCGACCGGAUCUUCUCUACGUUUCAACUCCUCCCCAAUCCGUUGGUAGCGAAAACGGAAACACGAACAAUAUUCACCAUGAUCUAUUUUCUGACGAAGUCCAAGUUCCCGGCUCUGGCGAUUCUGACACAAGUCUUACAGAGUUCAUGCAUCUUGCCCAUGAUGCAGAUAUCAAUCAGAACGACCUCGAUGCCCUGAUCAAUUUCGAUGACGCCGGUGCUAACCUUUUCGCCGAUGAAGACGCAACUGAAGGCAUUGAUAUCACCAUUACUAGCAUGUCGAACGACAACAAUCACAGAUUUAACCUGGAUAACAUGGACUGGAUGAAAGACUUCAACACAGUGAACAGCACCAUUGGGACGGAUAAUAAAGUGCAGAUUAGCUCUAAUCUUGAUUUGAAACUUUUCAGCGCAGAUGACGAUCGUGGAGAUCACAUGAAUCCGUCUGGCGACAAUUCGAAGUUUGAUUUUCCAGAGAAUGCUGAUGUGAAGGCUACGAGCCUAGGAGCUACAGUUGAUUCCUAA